CGAACUCUUGAAGUGCAUCCAAUUCUCGUCAUGUCCACGUUGCGAGUCGCUUUGCUGCAAUUGCGCGGUCACCCAACUAAACAGCAGAACAUCGCGAACGCCAUCGCUCAGAUCCGGGUGGCAAAAGGCCGUGGAGCUCAGCUGAUCAUCCUGCCCGAGUGCUUCAAUUCACCCUACAGUGCAGCUGAGUUUAGUCGACAUGCAGAGGAGAUCCCACGUGGUGAAACCAGCACAAGCCUAGCAAAGGUUGCUGCCGAACUCGGAGUCUACAUAGUCGCAGGAACGAUCCCAGAGCGGGAAGGAAGUCAUCUGUACAACACCUGUGCCGUGUUCGGACCGAAGGGUGAGCUGAUGUGUCGGUAUCGUAAGAUGCACCUAUUCGAUAUAGACAUUCCUGGGCGGUGUACCUUCCAGGAGUCUGCUGUCUUGACGGCAGGAUCUCGACUGGCGACAUUCACCGUCGGGAAGCUCCGGAUUGGGCUGGGUAUUUGUUGGGAUAAGCGGUUCGCCGAGUUGGCCAGUUGCUACCGUCAGCUUGGAUGUGAUAUGCUCAUCUUUCCGUCGGCCUUUGAUACCUACACCGGACCGCUGCAUUGGGAGUUACUCGGCAGGGCUCGAGCCCUCGACAACCAGAUGUUCGUGGCGCUUGUUUCACCUGCACGCGAUUCCACGGCUGAGUAUGUGGCAUACGGACAUACGCUUAUGUGUGAUCCGUGGGGUCGAGUUAUGUGCCAGGCUGGUGAGGAUCAGGAGUUGCUGAUCGUUGAUGUGGAUGCUGGUGAGUGCGAAACCAUUGGGCAGCAGAUACCAGUGCUGCGGCAAAAGCGCAACGAUCUUUAUGAGCUGCGAGUGACGAAACAGUGAUCCUCGGAAGAGUUGUGUGCUCAACAUUGUUAAAUAGAAAAAUUUCUAUGAUCCUCAAGGUUUAGAGAUUUCAAUAAACAAAUUUACCGCAU